AUGCGCCAUAGUUCUUUCCCCCGUUCUUCCAUUUUGGUUUACGGACAGGACACUGUUCAUUCGCUGGUUCAAUCGACUGUCAUUGCUCAAGUUGAAGCACUGCUUGAAAACAACCACAUCAAGGAUGCUGUCGACCUCGCAAAUAACUUCGCAUCUGCUCAGGCAUUAGAUUCUGACGAGGUGGAAACACUGGAAUACAUGCACCAAGCUAUCGCAUUCACUCUGUUCUCUCAAACACGUUUCGUGGAUGCAGCCCCACACUUUCUUGCAGGUGGACUGGAUCCCCGUAUCCUUGUAUCUUACUUUCCUGAGUUAUCGCGGCCAUUGUUCACUGAUGGUGAAGAGGCGGACAUGUACGACGGUAUUGCAAAGCGAAUGCCCAUCGAGGCAAACGUUGAUGAUCUUAUUGCCGCAAACCUAGUCAGGAAUUACUCCCCUCAUCUCUCGCCCUCCACUCGUGAGGCGCCUGCUACCCAGGAGGUUUACAAGAUUCUUCGGGAAGAAGCCAUAGUAAUGAUCAAGUCUGUCCUCCAAGGCUUCAAGGGACAAGGAAAGCACAAGCAGCAGGAGGUGACGGAUACAGCCCUCGCUAUAUUAUUCGCACGAUCGGGUGACACCACUUCUCUCAUUUCUCACCUUGAAAGCACGAAUUCUGCUAGCCUUUCAGCUGUGGAACCUGUACUCCUCGAAGCCGGAGAAGUAGGUGCUCUAUGUGCAUUACUCAGGGCCAGAGGCGACGAAGGACGAGUGAUGGAGAUUUGGAAGGGGUUGGUUGAGGGACAAUAUAGUGAUUCUUCCGUGUCGGACCCCCUGAGUAAUAUGUUUGCCUUGCUGGAAUCAAAACAGGGAAAAGACAGGGCAAUGCUUCGAAAAUGGGGAGUAUGGCUAACAGCACGAGAUUCAGAGCGAGGGCUUAUGCUUCUUAUGUCGACCAAGAGGUCUGCAAAAGAAAAAGACCGAGAGGAGGAUCUCGCCAUUCUUUCCGAGUUGCAACAGUUACAUUCCAGUGCAGCAAGGAAGUUCUUGGAGUGGCUAGUCAUUGUGAGAAGGCGAGAUGACGCGGAACUCCAUGCACAGCUCGUGCAAGCAUGUGUCGACGAGCUGCUCGAGUGCCUGCAAGACGAGAGCACUCUAAAACUCUGGCGUGCCAAAUUCGCUUCUUACACCUCGCAAAUUUCACAAAAACAUGUGCUCUCCCUUCCAUCUACGCAGCUUCAACGUCCACAAUCGUCCUUCCUUACCUAUUUCGCAUCGACAGCACCCGACUCUCCAUCGAAACGCGCACGGCUCAAAGCCUUGUUUGCUCUGCAGGCUUUAUCGGGUUAUAAUGCUGAAAUGAUCAAGUCACAGAUUGUUGCUAGCGGCUUCGACAAAGUCCUUGGCUUGGAAGUGGCAUUGCUUGACGGAAAGAUGGGAAUGCACAGGAUGGCCCUCCGCGCACUGGCCCUCACGCUACGAGAUCCCGUCUCUGCAGAGACAUACGCUCGGACGGGAGGCAUUGUCGUUCCUUCAAAAGCUGUCGAAGCUUGCGGAAUGGGUGAAUGGGGCGCACUGUUCGCAGCUAAGGGUGGUCCUGGGAUUUUGGAGAGGGAAAAGAGUUCUGAGGGAAAGGGAGAGUUGGUGAGAAUGCUUUUAGAAGUUUACAUGGAAGACGGGGAGCCCCAGCAAACCACAAGACUACUGAGCUCACAGGCUGCGAGUCUAGAUGCUGUUGACGUCAUUCCCCUCGUACCUCCAGAUUGGCCACUCAGUUCCCUUUCUCCUUUCCUGACUCAUUCAUUCCGACGUACACUCCACGCUAAGCAUGAGGGUCAGAUUAUCAAGGCAAUCUGUGCUGCACAGAACUCCAAGGUGGUUGAGAGCUCCUACCUCGUGUUCCGAGAACAAGGCGCCAUCAUAGAAGAGGCGGACGAUGAAGAGGAUGGGGAUGGAGAACCCGAGAGCUUUAAUGAGAAGGAUGGCCUUGCAGAAAAAAUCGCGCUGCAUCUGCAGGACCAACAACGGAGUGAAGUUGGUGUCGCUGACAUACAUCCCCGUGUGAGCAAUAGGGAAGAGGUAGACGUUAGAUAA